AAUGGGCCGAAUUAACGAUUAUUUUGAAAGGAAAUUACAGCUUAAGAAUGUUUUCUAUCGCAAGAACGGUGAAAAUAACGGCCAUAACUUUGGCACCUCGAAAAAUCUAGACAACCCCUUUAACACAAGUGAGAUACUGAAAGACGCAGAUUUAAUAAAGAAUUUAAUUGGUCACUGGAGUAAUAAGGAUAGCACUAUUCCUUGGGAGAAUUGGUGGUGGAAGUUUAGAUUUUUUGUUCAGGAAUACGAAGAAGAAGAGAAACAAAAGUUAUUUCUUUUUAUGUCAUUAAAGGACGAGGCAGCAGAACAAACUUUAACAUUUAUCAAAAGAGGCUUUUCCAUGGAGAGAAUUGAAUAUGAGUUCGGGAAAUUAUACGGAACUUCUAAAUUAAAAACUUCUAUUAAAGAAGAACUUUUGAAGAGAAAGUGGAACAAGCAAAGUGAAUCUUUUGAAGAUGUGUGUAAAGAGAUUUCUGAAAAGGUAGACUUAGCUUAUCCACUGUCCACAGAGGAAAAAAAAAUUGCUAAAAAGAUAAAAUACGCUUUGGCAGCCCAAAAUGAAAUGUUGGUUAAAGUGAAUGUAACAGAUUGGGAACAAUUUCUUAAUUUCGCCAAAGUAAUUGAUCAGAAUCGAAAACACAAAGAGAACAUAAUCGAUCUUAAAGAGUAUUCUCCACUACCACUUUUGUGGAAAGAACCGCCUAUUCCAUCUACAAAUUUGAAUGAAUUAACUGAUCAUGAUCAUAGCAAAACAUCAAGAGUCUUUUUAUUUAAAACUGGAGAUGUUAGGGAAAAAACUGAAAAUUCUAAGAAUCUGGGUGGUUUGUCACGUACGAAAGGAAUUACGCCAUACAGUUUUACAGUUACAGCUCAAAUUAAUAAUGUGAAUUUUAUUGCUGUGAUAAGUUCGGCUACCCAACAUUCUCUCUUAGCCAAAAAUAUUACUAGUAAACUGUCUUUAAGUAAUAAAACAUAUUCUUCGGCUGCGAUUGAGAAAAUAAAUGAUGACAGAGCAAAAUUUAAUAUUCAGAUUGGAGAUUUUCUUGGUGAAAUGGAAUUUAAAAUAAUCGAUUCCACUCGAAAUGAUGCAAUAAUAGGAAUCGAUAUGCUUGUAAGAUAUGAUGCAAGAAUAUCCUUUAAUUCAAGUUUACUAUUGCUAAGGAAAGAGGGUAAAGAUUAUGAUAUAAAAAUGUAUAUUAUUUAUGAAUUACUCUAA